AUGACAGAUCAAUCUGACACGAGCGGCAACCCAAAACUGGACGUCUCAAUCGUCCCCGUCACCCUCGACGAUGUCCCAGCUCUGCUCAGAGUCCACACCGCCGCUUUCAAAACAGAUCAAUUCUCGAACCUGAUGCUCCUCGGCCGCGACGAAAACGCACAUGCAAACCUCAUGCGAGACGCCAUCCAGGAAUGGAUCGCGGAUCCAACCGCCAAGCUCAUGCAAGCCGUUGACACCGACGGGCGAGUGCUGGGAUGGUCUUGCUGGAUUCUCAAGGAAGCCACGCCGACUGAAAGCGAAGCCGAGGAUCCGGCGGCCACGUUGGUGAGCGACACGAGUGACUCAAAACCGGCCCCCGAUACGCCGGCGGAGGAAACCCGGGAAAAGCCAAAGGAUCCAGCUCGAGUUCUGGGAGGGCUCAUGUACAAAGACAGGGUGUCGAUGGAGGACAAUCAUCUCAAGGGCAAGACGUACAUGGUUCUGCAGGGUCUGGCUACGGAUCCGCUCUACCAACGACGCGGAAUCGCUACCAAGCUGAUCGAGAAAGGGCUCGAGGGGAUCGACGCAGAUGGCCUUCCGUGCUGGAUUCACGCUUCGCCUUCGAGCUACACUGUCUACGAAAGGGCUGGAUUUCAGGAGGUCGGGAGGAACGAUUACGAUCUUGAUGAAUGGGCGCCUGGUGGGAAAGGAGGGAAUCGGGGGUGGGGGAGAUACACGUUCAGGCACAUGAUCCGGAAGGCGAAGCAUGUUGGGAAAGCUGCGUAG